AUGUCCACCCAAACCAAACUCAACAUCUUCAUAACCGGUGCAACUGGAUACAUAGGAGGCUCAGUCCUCUCCCGGCUUCUCAUACACCCCUCUUUCACUUCGGGCUCCUUCCAAAUCUCCGCCCUCGUCCGGACGGCGGAGAAGGGUGAGAAGCUUAAGGGAUUGGGUGUUCGACCUGUUGUUGGGUCGUAUGAUGAUUUGGAUGUGCUUGAAAGGGAGGCGGGGGAUGCGGAUGUUGUGUUUUCUUUGGCGGAUGCGGAUGCAUUGCCUGGUGCGAAAGCUAUUCUUGAGGGGUUGAAAAAGAGGUAUGAGAGGACUGGUAGGGUGUCGAAGUUGAUACAUACGUCCGGCGCAGCUUUCGUAAUGGACGACGCGAGAGGUUUACACGGGGACCAUCUCAUUUACAGCGACCUCCGAGACGCGGACGCCAUCAAUGCUCUACCGGACAAUAAAUUCCAUAGGCACGUUGACGUGCCUAUUAUCAAGGCGGAUGAGGAGGGGUAUCUGAGGUCGUAUAUCAUUGCUCCUGGGAAUAUAUUCGGCACCCCCUCUGGUCCACUCGUCGACCUGGGAAUCCAGAAUUUACAUUCUAUCCUGAUUCCGAUCUUUUUCAAGGUCGGGAUUGCUAGAAAACAAGGGGGGUAUAUUGGGUUGGGGAAAAAUGUUUCGCCGGCUGCUGAUGUUGAGGACACCGCGGACCUCUACUUAAUCCUCUUCAACGCCCUCCUCGCUAACCCUUCCAGCCUCGCACACGGCCGCGAGGGAAUCUACUUCGUCGAAAAUGCCGAAUAUACGGGGUACGAGCUCGCUAAAGCUACUUCCGAUGCACUCGUUGAGUUGGGUAUUGGUGCGACGAGGGAGGCGACAGCGUUUACUAAUGACGAGCUGGAGUUGUAUUUUGGGAAAAAUUGGUCAUUCUUUUCGUCGAAUGUCCGCCCACGGGCUGAUCGUGCCCGUGCGCUUGGGUGGAGGCCUGUGAAGGGGAAGGAGGCGUUGUUGGCUAGUUCCUUCUGUGAUUUUGCGGUGCCGGAAAUGGUGUAUGAAUAUUUCUGA